AUGUAUAGAUUGGUGUUAAAGAAAUCUGUCACAGUGUCUGGUAUUAGACAGUGUUAUCACAUUACCCACGUGUCUACAGACCGGGUCUGGAUUAGUGAUGAAGGCAAUCUCAUCUUAACAAGCACGACAGGUGACACACUAGAUCGUGUGACAGAUUUACCUGAAUAUGGUUAUGGAGUACAUACUGUGACUCGCGAUAUUGAAGUAAUUUAUAUAGACAGUCACCGUAACAUCAUUAAACUGUCUACAGAUAAAGUAAAGACCACAGUGAUAUCAAACAACACAUUACCAUGGAAACCAUACUGUGUCUACAGCUCCCCCUCCACUGGAGACCUGCUGGUUGGGAUGUACAGACGUAAUACAGGUACAGGCAAGGUAAACCAUUACACUAACACAGGAGAACACAUACAGACCAUAGAGCAUGACAGCACAGGUCAGAGACUGUAUAGUGGACCUGGAUACAUCACAGAGAACCGCAAUGGAGAUGUUAUUGUGUCUGACUCAGUCCGUAAUGCUGUAGUGGUGACAGACAGUAGAGGGAGACAUCGCUUCACCUACAGAGGUCACCCAUCAGGAUCAGGACUAUCACCAAGUGGAAUCUGUACUGACGCGCUGUCACACAUCCUGGUGUGUGAUUAUAACAUAAAAACAGUACAGAUGAUUGAUAAAGAUGGUCACUACCUGACUGAGUUUGAGACAGAACAACACGGGAUAUACGGACCAUUCGGCCUGAGUUAUGAUGACAUCACCAGGUCUUUCUGGCUCGGUUCAGACGACAACACAGUGAACAUCUACAGACUUAUCUAUGGAGGGGAUAAUCUGACUGAUCCAAUCAGUGAUGAUAUAAAUAAAGUAGAUGAGUUGAAGAAGUUUCUGAGGAAGGAGAAGACAACUGUUUCCCAUGCCAGAGGAAUACUUGUUGGAUGUGCUGAGGCUGGAAAAACAACGCUACUGAAAAGAUUAAGAGGGCAAAGUCAAAAUAUCGGUGAAGUUACAGAGUCUACCAGGGGACUGGAAGUCCAUCAACAUCUCUUUAUUGUUAGAGAUGGAAUUCUGGAAGUGGCUGAGGAUGACUCACCAUUGAAGUCAUUUAUCAGGAUAAAUGCUGCAGAUUUAAAACCAGAAACGGGCAGUGCAACUGACAUCUCCGAUACAAAUGAACAAGAGGACAAUUUGGAGCAAGGAAGUACUGAUAAAAACACUGAAGUAGUUUUAAAUAGCAGAGAAGAAAAGAAAAAAGAGAAUGUAGAGUUUUCUAGCCCACCAACUAAACGCAGAAAAGAAGAUAAUUCAGUAGAUAUAAUGGCCAGUGCUCUCUCCUCAGAAGCUCCAGCUAUGGUGAAGGAUGAAAUUUUUCAGAAAAUCUUGUCUGAUAAAGAAAAAUUACCAACUGUUAGCAUGCUGGAUUUUGCUGGCCAGUUAGCGUAUUAUGCCUGUCACCAAAUUUACGUAACACCAAAGGCCUUCUUCAUCCUUGUGUUGGACAUGACUAAGAAGUUCGAGGAUGUGGUGGAUCAAGAGAAAGAUAAUCAAGAUGGAUCAAUCUUCUCCGUGUGGACUUACAAAGACUACUUGAAGUUUUGGAUAACCUCAAUCAAGACAUUUGGAGGCCAAAAGGCACCACUGUUUCUUGUUGCCACACACACAGAGAAAAAAUCUAAAGAUGAAAUAGAGAAGUAUUUUGGGGAGUUCUGGAAUGCCGUACCAGAUGAAGAUAGAGAUUGGUUAAGUGAGGCUCUGAAUGAUCGAGAAUAUGCAGUAGGUCUAAAGGAACUUAAUGAUAAAACCAAGGAAAUACUGGAGUCAAUGAAAAAAUCCAUAGUGGAACUAUUCGCAGAUGAGAACACAACAAAGGUUGAAAUGCCUUCUUCAUGGGCUUUAUUGGAACAGUUAUUGUAUGAAGGAGGAUGGAAGGUUUUGUCCCUGAGUAAAAUCUGGAAGCUCAACUCAUCUCUUCCCCAUGAAUACCAAAUUAAAAGUGAUGAGGAAAUGUUUGAAUUUUUAAAAUGUUUCCAUGACAAUGGUCUUCUUUUGAAUUUUGAAGAAGUGGAAUUGAGGGAAAAUGUUAUACUAGACAUUCAGUGGUUUGCUAAUGCUUUCAGCAAGGUAAUUGCUGAUGAAAACCACAUCAAUAAAGAUUGUAAAAGGAAAUUAAUCAAAGAGUGGAAAUCUUUCAACAAAACAGGGGAACUUAAAGAUAAAGUGAUAAUUGCACUGUGGAAAGAUGAACCCUCUUACUCGAAACAUAAAAGUGAAAUUAUGCUGUACAUGGAAAAACUUCAAAUGCUUGUACCUUUGAAUUCAUUUGAGGCUGUAUCAGAAGGUGGCAUGUCAUGGUAUGUCCCGUGUAUGAACAAAAAGCAGUUUAAAGCUGACUUCUGUGAUGAUAAAUGGGAGUGCUCAUCCAUUUUGUGCUAUCGAUUCACUUCAUUUGCCAUGUUUGUGUUCUACAGACUGGUAGCAUACUGCUUAAGUUCUCUAAGAUGGAGUGUUGCUAAAGAUGAAGACAAUGAAGGAAGUCUAUGUCUUUAUCAAACAGCAGCAGUGUUUGAUCACAAUGCACACACUGUUGUUGUUGGCAUAUGUAAUGACGAUAUUCAGUUGCAAGUGUUCAGAAUCAAACCAUUAACUGUAGACAAAGAAGUAUCAAAUGAAAUUGGAGACUCCAUUGAAAAAGCCAUAAAAAAAUUGACAGAAACAUUUAUUGACACAAAAAUAUUCCACAGAGGAUACAAAUGUCAAUUUGUUAUUUGUAAUGAGAAAGAUUUAUCUUUUACCCUAACAAGUGAGCUCUCCACAAUCAAGGCUAAAGAAAUUCAGUGCAAGUGUCAACUUCGAGAGAAACAUGUGAUAAAUGUAGAAACCACUCUCGGAUUCUGGGAAAAGAGAGAGGCGAAUGAUUCCAGUACUCCUGUGGCCUCUGGACAAAACCUAGAAGGCCGGUCUAGAUUUGCAAAACUUGGCAUGGCCACAAAUGAUGUGUUAAAUAAGGCAUACAGAGAUAUUCUAGAAUCAGAAAUUCCUGCAUCUGAUAUUGAGAACAAGGUGAAUUUAUUAUCAAACAAAAAAAUGAAGAGUCUGAAUCUAAAUGCAAAUCAAGAAGAUCAAUUGAAAAAAGCAAAGAAUUCUGGAUACAAGGAAUUUGAUAUUUCAUUAACAUACAAACUGAUAAGAAAUAUUUGUACUAAGAUUCCUAAACCAACAAAAGGAAAGUGGGGAGAAGAGCCUUUAGCGGGAGAAGUGACUGUGGGUGACGAUAUAGAGAGAAUUAGGUCAAUACGAAACGGAUUGACUGCACACGUGAAUUCAGCCUCCACCCCUCAGACAGAAUUCGAUGACACCUGGUCGACGAUGUCAGAUAUCUGCCAAAGAUUGGAAACCUUCACUGGGAAAAAAUAUCUCAAUGAUCUUAAUUCCAUUGAAAAACUGACCUUAAGAAGAGAAGAUGAGGAUGCUAUUAUAAAAAAUGUCAAAAUGCAGGAAAUCUGGGAAAAAAUCAAAUCUAAUGUGCUCGAAUUUGAAAAAAAUGUUCAAGCUUAAAGAAGGUGCUACAAAUUAGUAGCUCAUAGAAUGCUAUGUAGAUGUCAAACGUACCAUGUGAAACUUGAUUGGGAUUCAUAGAUAAUUUGCAGGAUUUUGAUAUUCGGAAUUAAGAUUUGUCAUGACUGAGUUUAAGAAAAUGAAAGACACUGCUUUAGGUUUAAAACACUGCGUAACAAUAUCAGGUUUUAAUCCUCGAUAAAUUUUAUCUUUUAUCAGUUAAUAUUUUUUUAACUUUGUUGAAUUAACAAAUAUCAUUUGAAAUCGGA